UAGAUGACAUUGAACUCCCAUUAAGACGGCUAUUAAUGAUGGUUAUUUUUGUUUUCUAUCUUUCACACAGAGCUCGUUCACACUGGUAUGCCAGGUACCAAGAGUAAGAUCACUGAAGGCAGUAAAAUUGAAAUUGGAAGACUGUCAGCCAAGAAAGACCUACUAGAGGAAGCAGAGGAUGGAAAAUAAAGUGAAGCAGUGUUUUGUCGUGUGUAUUUCAGCAGGCCUUCUGCAGUUCAACUAAAAACAUGACUGCUCUUUCUUCCGGGAACUGCUCUUUUCAGUACCAGUUACGUCAAGCAAAUCGGUCCCUAGAUGGUAACUGUCUGCUAUUCUUGAUAAUACUUGGGAAAGUAUUACUAAAUACCCUCACACUAGGAAUGAGAAGAAAAAACACCUGUCACAAUUUUAUGGAGUAUUUUUGCUUUUCACUAGCAUUCAUUGUUUUACUUCUAGUAAACAUUUCCAUUAUAUACUACUACAGAGAUUUUGUACUUUUAGGCGUUAGGUUUACUAAAUACCACAUCUGCCUAUUUACUCAAAUUAUUUCAUUUACUUACGGUUUUUUGCAUUAUCCGGUUUUCCUGAUAGCUUGUAUAGAUUAUUACCUGAAUUUCUCUAAAACUCCAAAGCUUGCAUUGAAGUAAAAAAUAUUUUAUUUCUUUACAGUAAUUUUAAUUUGGAUUUCAGUCCUUGCUUAUGUUUUGAGGGAUCCAGGUAUCUAUCAAAGCCUAAAGGCACACAGUGUUUAUUCUUAUCAGUGUCCUUUCUACAUUAGCAUUCAGAGUUACUGGCUGUCAUUUUCCAUGGUGAAUUUAUUUAUGGCUUUUAUAACCUCUUGGUCAGAAGUGAUUGCCUUGGUGCAGGCUGUUAGGAUGACUUCCUAUAUGAAUGAGACUAUCCUGUAUUUUCCCUUUUCUUCCCAUUCUAGUUAUACUCUGAGCUCUAAGAAAGCACUCUUGCCCAAGUUCAUAAUCUGUUUUCUCGGUACCUGGCUACCAUUUGUACUACUUCAAGUAAUUAUCCUUCUACUUAAAGUACAGAUUCCAGCAUAUAUUGAGAUGAACAUUCCGUGGUUGUACUUUGUCAAUAGUUUUCUCAUUGCCACAGUUUACUGGUUUAAUUGUCACAAGCUUAAUUUGAGAGACGUUGCAUUACCUGCGGAUCCUUUCGUCAACUGGAAAUGCUGCUUCAUUCCACUUACAAUUCAUAAUCUUGAGCAAAUUGAAAAGCCUAUAUCAAUAAUAAUUUGUUAAUGUUGCCAUGUGAAAACUAAUUCAAACUGACAACUACAAUAAGAAUCAUAAUUUUACAAAUGGGAAAGAAUGAUGACUCAGGACAUACAAAGAUUGAACUGAAACCGCCCCCCACCCCAUGCCUCCAGCCCC